AUGAUUGACCAAUAUAAACAUAAACAACUUCAAAUUGGACUCGUUUCCCCUCAACAAAUAAAGGCUUGGGCUAAAAAAAUCCUACCUAAUGGGGAAGUCGUUGGCGAAGUCACAAGGCCCUCCACUUUUCAUUAUAAAACCGAUAAACCAGAAAAAGAUGGAUUGUUUUGCGAAAGAAUCUUUGGACCCAUAAAAAGCGGAAUUUGUGCUUGUGGAAACUCUCGAGCGAGCGUACGUGAAAACGAAGACGAAAGAUUUUGCCAAAAAUGCGGGGUAGAAUUUGUUGAUUCUCGGAUACGAAGAUAUCAAAUGGGAUACAUCAAACUAGCAUGUCCAGUGACUCAUGUGUGGUAUUUGAAAGGUCUUCCUAGUUAUAUUGCGAAUCUUUUAGAUAAACCCCUUAAGAAAUUGGAGGGCCUAGUAUAUGGUGAUUUCUCUUUUGCUAGGCCCAGCGCUAAAAAACCUACUUUCUUACGAUUACGGGGUUUAUUCGAAGAUGAAAUUUCAUCCUGUAACCACAGUAUUUCUCCCUUUUUUUCUACCCCAGGCUUUGCAACAUUUCGAAAUCGGGAAAUUGCAACAGGAGCAGGCGCUAUUAGAGAACAAUUAGCAGAUUUAGAUUUGCGAAUUAUUAUAGAGAAUUCUUUGGUUGAAUGGAAGGAAUUAGAAGACGAGGGGUAUAGUGGAGAUGAAUGGGAAGAUAGAAAAAGACGAAUAAGAAAAGUUUUUUUGAUUAGACGCAUGCAAUUGGCGAAACAUUUUAUUCAAACAAAUGUAGAACCAGAAUGGAUGGUUUUGUGCUUAUUACCGGUUCUUCCUCCCGAAUUGAGACCCAUUGUUUAUAGAUCUGGGGAUAAAGUAGUGACUUCAGAUAUUAAUGAACUUUAUAAGAGAGUUAUCCGUCGGAACAACAACCUUGCCUAUCUAUUAAAAAGAAGUGAAUUAGCACCAGCAGAUUUAGUAAUGUGCCAGGAAAAAUUGGUACAAGAAGCCGUGGAUACACUUCUUGAUAGUGGGUCCCGCGGGCAACCGACGAGGGAUGGUCACAAUAAAGUAUACAAAUCACUUUCAGAUGUAAUUGAGGGUAAAGAGGGGAGGUUUCGCGAGACUCUGCUUGGGAAACGGGUCGAUUACUCGGGGCGUUCUGUCAUUGUUGUGGGUCCUUCGCUUUCAUUACAUCAAUGUGGAUUACCUCUAGAGAUAGCAAUAAAGCUUUUUCAGCUAUUUGUAAUUCGCGAUUUAAUCACGAAACGUGCUACUUCUAAUGUCAGGAUUGCUAAAAGGAAAAUUUGGGAAAAGGAACCCAUUGUAUGGGAAAUACUUCAAGAAGUUAUGCGGGGACAUCCUGUACUGUUGAACAGAGCACCUACCCUGCAUAGAUUAGGCAUACAGGCCUUCCAACCCACUUUAGUAGAGGGACGUACUAUUUGUUUACAUCCAUUAGUGUGUAAGGGUUUCAAUGCGGACUUUGAUGGGGAUCAAAUGGCUGUUCACCUACCUUUAUCCUUGGAAGCUCAGGCGGAAGCCCGUUUACUUAUGUUUUCUCAUAUGAAUCUCCUGUCUCCCGCUAUUGGAGAUCCUAUUUGCGUGCCAACCCAAGACAUGCUUAUCGGACUUUAUGUAUUAACGAUUGGAAACCGUCUAGGUAUUUGUGCAAAUAGAUAUAAUAGUUGCGGAAACUCUCCAAAUAAAAAAGUAAACUACAAUAAUAACAAUUAUUAUAAGUAUACGAAAGAUAAAGAACCCCAUUUUUCUAGUUCCUAUGAUGCACUGGGAGCUUAUAGACAAAAACGAAUCGGUUUAAACAGUCCCUUGUGGCUCCGAUGGAAACUAGAUCAACGCAUCGUUGGGUCAAGAGAAGUUCCGAUUGAAGUUCAAUAUGAAUCUUUUGGGACUUAUCAUGAGAUUUAUGCCCACUAUCUAGUAGUGGGAAAUAGAAAAAAAGAAAUCCGUUCUAUAUACAUUCGAACCACUCUUGGUCAUAUUUCUUUUUAUAGAGAAAUAGAGGAAGCCAUACAAGGAUUUAGUCGGGCCUAUUCAUACACUAUCUAA